GAGCCGGACGGCGAGGCCAUGGACGCGGCGCUUGUGGCGACUCUGCCGGGCUGCGUGCACCUGGGCGGCUUCAAGAGGGACAACUGGAGGCAGAACCUGCGCGCCAUCUACCAGUGCUUCUUGUGGAGCGGCUCGGCAGAGGCCCGCAAGCGCAAGGCGAAGUCGUGCGUGUGUCACAUGUGUGGCGUCCACCUGAACCGGCUGCACGCCUGUCUCCAUUGCGUCUUCUUCAGUUGUUUUACAAAGAAGCACAUUCACGAGCAUACCAAGUCGAAAAGACAGAACCUGGCCUUAGAACUUAUGUAUGGAGGUAUCUACUGCUUUUUGUGUCAGGACUACAUUUAUGACAAAGACAUAGAAAUCAUUGCCAAAGAGGAACAGCGGAAGGCUUGGAAAAUGCAAGGCGUCGGGGAGAAGUUUUCAACGUGGGAGCGGACCAAGCGGGAGCUCGAGCUGCUGAAGCACAACCCCAAGCGGCGGAAGAUCACGUCCAACUGCACCAUAGGUCUGCGCAGCCUCAUCAACCUCGGGAACACGUGCUUCAUAAACUGCAUCGUGCAGGCGCUCACGCACACGCCUCUGCUGCGCUUCUUCCUGUCUGACCGGCACCGCUGCGAGAUGCAGAGUCCCAGCUCCUGCCUGUUCUGCGAGAUGUCCUCCCUCUUCCAGGAGUUCUACUCAGGGCACCGGUCCCCCCACAUCCCGUACAAGCUGCUGCACCUGGUGUGGACGCACGAUCAGCACCUGGCGGGCUAUGAGCAGCAGGACGCGCACGAGUUCCUCAUCGCGGCCCUGGACGUCCUGCACCGGCACUGCAAAGGUGACGAUAACAGGAAGAAGGCCAACAGCCCCAACCACUGCAACUGCAUCAUAGACCAGAUCUUCACAGGCGGGCUGCAGUCCGACGUCACCUGCCAAGUGUGCCAAUUUACCAGACUAGAGCGCUUAGGCAGCAGUGCCAAGAUCAAGUGUAGCGGUUGUCAUAGGUACCGGGAGUCCACCAAGCAGCUCGCCAUGAAGAAGCUGCCCAUUGUGGCCUGUUUCCAUCUCAAACGAUUCGAACACUCGGCCAAACUCUGGCGCAAGAUUACCACCUACGUGUCCUUCCCCCUGGAGCUGGACAUGACCCCCUUCAUGGCCUCCAGCAAAGAGAGCAGGAUGAACGGGCAGUACCAGCAGCCGACGGACAGUCUCAGCAACAACAAGUACUCCUUGUUUGCGGUGGUCAACCGCCAGGGGACCUUGGAGAGCGGCCACUACACCAGCUUCAUCCGGCAGCACAAGGACCGGUGGUUCAAGUGUGACGACGCCAUCAUCACCAAGGCCAGCAUCGCGGACGUGCUGGACAGCGAGGGGUACCUUCUGUUCUAUCACAAACAGUUCCUGGAGUGUGAGCAGCCGUCGGCCUGCCGGCACGUCCCCCGAAGUCAUCCCAACCCCCACGGGAGGCCCCCGCACGCCAGGAACCUGGGGUCACACUGUGUGGACACUUGGCAGGAGGUGGGCCCCGGGGGUCAGGGGGCAGAGGAGACAUGGGCCUGA